AUGAAUCCAACAGCUAUUCAGUUUAAGACAACAGAAGCUUCCAGAAAAUUGGUGCAAAAAAUUCUGGAGCAGCAAAACAGCAAUACGUCAGAACAGCCCUCUACGCCAUCACCGGGUCCUCGAGCAAAGUUGAUGUUCCCCGAUGAAGCUGUAAAUAAAUUGAUUUCCAAACUGAGCGCAGUGGAGAAGAUAUCCUCUAAAAUUCAUAAUGAGGGGUUGCCGAGUGGAUACUUUGACGAUCGAACACUAGAAGAGAUUUUGGAAUCUAGCAUGGUUCUUGUGAAUUCUCGGAUUUCAAAUCUACAGAAAGCAAAGGAAGAGGAAAUCUGGCCAUCUCCUCUCCUCUUCACUCAUUGCAGUUUUCUCUCCUCUGUGGAAUAUUCCAAAACUUUCGAUUUCUACUCCAGCAUCUCACUUCUAGAUAAACUAAAACUGGCUCGCCAUGUUACCGUAGCCUGUGCAAAUCUUCAUUCCGCAUUCUUUUCAAUCAACACCUUGAAAUCUGAUUGUCUUCGGUUUCCAGAUGGCGAGCAAAUUGGUAAACCAAAUCAUGCCGAUUUGGAAAACGUAAAACCUCCUGUAUCAUUGUUUGAACCUUCGUUUGCCGCUAUUUUUCGGAAUAGACUGGAUCGUGUGGAGUAUAUGCUGCUGAAAGCGAUAGUCAUGUGCAAUCCAGCGGUUUGCUCGCUAUCUGCACAUUCUCAAUCUUUCCUUUCCAAGGAACGAAACAAAUUUGGAUUCAGCCUUCUACAGUAUUGUCGUCUACAGCAUGGUGCUCUUUAUGGACCCGCCAGAUACGCAGAGCUUCUUUCUAUCAUACCAAUUGUAGAAAAUCAUGUGAAAGUUCUCAAGGACUUUCACACCUUUGUGACUGUUGUAUUGGUUCAGAAUGGACACAAAUUUUUCUUCACUAAAUUAUUCAAUUCCACUCGCCUGAAUUGCCGUGGAUGUCGCUUCGAGGCGUGCGUCAAUGCUGGAAUGAAUCCAACAGCAAUUCUUCAUAAAUCAACAAAAACUUCUGAAAAUUACAUAAAGGAAAUUGUUCAAAAACAACUAAAACCAUCUCCAGUUCUAAUUUCCACUAAUGAAAUUGUGCACAAAUUAAUUUCCAAACUGAGCAUCGUGGAAAAAAUUCUGACCGGAAUUCAUUGCGCCGGUUUUCCAGAUGGACUUUUUGAUAGCAGAAGUUUGGAACAAGUUCUCACUUCUAGCUUGAUUCCUGUGAAUUCGGAAAUUCCAAAUCUACAAAAAACCUUCACAGAUGAGAACGGUGCGAUUCUCCUUCUCUUCACCCAUUGCAAUUUUUUGGCCUCUGUUGAGUACUCCAAAACUUUCGAUUUCUAUGAUCAAAUCUCCUUAUACGAUAAGCUAAUCCUAGCUCGACAUGUUACUGUAGCUUGUGCAAAUCUUCACUCUGCAUUCUUCUCAAUCAAUACCCUUAAGUCGGAUUGUCUUCGAUUUCCAAACAGAACUAAAAUUGGAGAUCAAACUGUUGGCGGCAAGAUAGUUCCCGUUUUUGAGAACACAUUUUUGACAAUGCUCAGAAAUAAGUUGGAUCGUGUGGAAUACAUGUUGCUGAAGGCGAUAGUCAUGUGUAAUCCAGCGGUCUGCUUUCUAUCAUCCCAUGCUCAAUCUUUGCUUUCAAAAGAACGAAACAAAUUUGGAUUCAGCCUUCUACAGUAUUGUCGUCUACAGCACGGUGCUCUUCAUGGACCAGCUAGAUAUGCAGAGCUGAUUUCUAUUAUACCGAUUGUUGAAAAUCAUGUAAAAUCACUCAAAGAAUUGCAUACCUACACGACAACUGUUUUAGUUCAUUGUGGACAUAAGCCAUUUUUCACAAAUUUGUUUUGUGAUACUAUGGAAUCGGAAGAAGUAUUUUAA